UGUCGAAAGUCACCUAUGCAUCCUUUUGUUCCAUUUGUGCUAAACUUUUGCUCCAUAAUUUUUGUUCCCAUUAACCUUUUGUGCUUUAUAACACACCCUUAUUUUCUUAUUCAUUGCAGCAAGAGUUAUUGCCAAUUCUCCGGUCAGGUUAAGCAGUUGCUUUCGCAGCUAAAUGCAAGUUACAAGGUGAUGGAGCUGGAUCGGGAAAGUGAUGGAUAUGAAGUUCAGUCCGCACUUGUGGAAUGGACCGGACAGAGGACUGUUCCCAAUGUUUUUAUUGGUGGGAAGCAUAUUGGUGGCUGUGACAGUGUUAUCGCGAAGCACAGACAAGGCAAAUUGAUGGCCCUUCUUACUGAAGCUGGAGCUCUUGCAACUUAAGGAGUGAGAUUGACUCUCUGGGUUGCUAGAAUUAGUUACCUACUUAAUUAGUAGGGUUUAAAAUUGGGUUGAAACUAGAAUAAAUCUGCUGAGGCUGGAUGUUAUAACUGCAUUUAGUUGCACAUUUGAUGUCAUGUUGUGAAAGUUCAAUUGCUGGCAUGACUUUACUUUAAACGCGUGCAUUUUUUUUUUCUC